AUGCAAACCUUCAAGUCCCUCAUCCCCUUCCUCCUGACUGCCGGCCUUGCAGUCAACGCAGAGACAACCUCCUGCGUUACCUCAACCAAGACCUUUCCCACCAUCACUUCCAUCAUCGUCGAGCCGACCAGUACUUGGUCCGGCAACGGCACAGGUGUUGGUCCUCAUACCGUGUAUACUACUGAGUAUCACGAGUUCUGCUCCACGGGUCUGCGUCUGCACACGUACACCAUCACUGAGGCGUGCCACAAGGAAAAGUGUCAGCCUCGCACUACUGGUGUUCCGCCUGGGUUUACCUCAACUGUUACUGUUUGUAACUCUUGUGGUGAGAAGCCUGUCACUGCGACAUUGACUGUUCCGUGCUCUGAGGCUACUCCUACCAAGGGCACUGGCAAGCCGCAGUCUGAGCACUGCGAGACAUGCCACGAUCAGGGUAAACCAUCUGGAAAGCCUCCGGUUCAGCCACAGACUGUUCCGUCUAUCCCUGCUGUGAAGCCAGUCCCUACGGGCCCUCAGCCAGAGGAAUGCACCACGUGCAGUCCUGAGCCUCCAUCUGCUGCUCCUCCUCACCCUCCCAGACCAACCAACCCUGGCCAAGACAAGCCAGAGCAUCCCAACUCUCCUGCAUGCACCACUUGCAGCGGAACUGGACAGCAGUCCCAACCCCCUGCCUCCCUAACAACUUCUAUCGUACCAGGCCCCUCUGGAGAGAAACCGGCCACUAGCCCUACCGGCCCUGCUCCUGGAGAACCAUCUACUAUCACCGCUGGCGCAGCCAAGUCCUCCUACGUUGAGUUGGGGCUUUUGGGUAUCGUCGGAUUUGCAUUCAUUCUGUUGGGAGGUCUCCUGUAG